AAGGUUCAGCUACUUAGUACCACGACACGCAAUCAUCAUGUCAAAUCAGUCUCUACCUCCCGGUGCUCUGGAAGCAUUGAAACGCCCUUCGAAUGUUGGAGACCGCUCCACAAUUCGCAAACUAUCUGAUUUCAAUGAAGGCAUACUUGCGGUUGUUACGUCGCGCAAUAUUGAUCUUGGAGAAUUAACACACAAAUUCGACCUUCUCUGUCCCCGUAACGGAUGCGGUAGCGUAAUAUUGAAAGCGGGUGUCGGCCGAUGGGUGGAGCAUGAUGGUGUCGAGCUCGAUAACGAAAAGGGGCCUCUUCACCCAGACCUGCCAGCAUUGCCAACUACACCUGGGACUGCGCAAUGGUGGCUGGUGAGUCCGAAUAUGAUGGAAUUUGAGAACAUUGGCUUUACAAGGCCUGUCCAGCAAGAUGCUGCAGCAAAAAAGCUCAAGUUCCUGAUCUGCGCAGAGUGUGACCUUGGUCCAUUGGGGUGGUGCGAAGAAGGGGGCAGUGAAUUCUGGCUAGCUUGCUCGCGGGUGGGAUAUCGCUGAGUCACAUUGAUUUGGGGCUGCGCCAGCUACAAAAUAACAACUACAUGUAUAGUAACAAACUGGACUCGAAUUCUAGGUGGCACCCUUGAAUAUUACUGUGCUCAAAUCUGUCUGAGUCGCUCAAGAGACCCCAAUGAGAUGGGUUUGGGCAUGAAUGUAUCUAUUGAACUUCUCGAGCGGUUCCAUGGAAUCAUGACGCAUAUCACAUUGAUAGUUGUUCGAAGUUCGAAGCUAAAUUCUCGUCUGUCUCAGGUCCUUACCCCAUGUCCCCGUUGCACUAACGAUCGCAUUAUAUCAUGGUUCUUUGAUCGAGCCCAAGUAUGUCAAUUAGAUAG